AAGGACGAUCCAUCGACCACGUAUAUAUCAAUAGUAAGAGUACUUACAGGUCUCUUUUGCAUUCUUUCCUUCGACCGUGUGUUACUUGCAAUCGCGGUUGACGUUUGCCCUGCUGAACGAGGUUUCUCGAUCGGUGUCAACAGACGGCCAGAAGAGCCAACUGCAUCUCAUGAAAUGUCCGGUCGCACUCUUCCAGGAAUCGGAACGGCAACUAUUAGCCAGCUGAUCCGCUACCCGCUUACAAUCGGACUAUGCCAGCCAGUUCAAGAAAGAAGGCACGCCACAGUUCUCCAACGUCGCAACUAUCAUCAUUACAGCAGCUCUGGUGAAUCUAUUGAUGAUACCAGUGACUUAGAGGGUCAAACCAGCUCUCGAAAGGGACAAAAGAAGGUGCGUCCGCAGCUUCUGAGUCGUUUUUUUGAAAGAAGGCUUGGUUUUAGUUUCGGAAGGUGUCAUUGAAUCUGUUCAGCAGACGUUCUCUUAUUUCAAAUCUAAAUGAUGCCAAUAAGCAAGACAUUUGAGGCGGCAACAUAAAGCUCAUGAUGAGCUGUACCGGGUAGGUUCGCGAUACAACCAAAGAACUCUCGAAGCUUUCCCGUCUGUUUCUUCGAGUUACAAGGGGCCGUCCGCUUUUACUAAGAGAUUUCGCCAAUUCCUGUCGCACAAUGUGCCAGGGCCCAGUCAAUUAGAUGUUUUCAUUGAAGGUUUCAUGUCGUUCAAAAAAAGGACUUGUGGCUUUGGAGAGACUAUGAAAUUGAGUUCAACAAGCAGUUGAGACGAACUAUGCGUAAUUCUUCAAAUUUCAACAUCUUGAUUGACAUGUGGACAUGAUCUAGCCAAAAAAGCUACCUAGCCGUCUUGAUUUCCUUCUGUCGCAACCUGAAUCGGAACUCACACCUGGAGAAAGUUGACGUGAAAAGUUGCGGAAACUGCAACACACAGGUGAUGGCUUGAAAGCCAUCUUAUUAGCAUGCUUGUCCAAGUGUGCUAUUAGACCCAAAGUUAGUAGCAUUACCUUGGAUGGUCGAAUAAUAUCUCGAUGCUUGAGAAACUCGACUCGGCUCUUGAGCUAGGAUAUAGCAUUUGCGGUGUGAGGCGCGUUGUCAAGGCUAGGUGUGUGAAUCAUGUGUUGGACAGGGUCUUGGCUGAUUUGACCAUGAGUAUCAGCUUGCGCCAGAUCAGUGCUUGAAUUUUGUUAUGAACAGAAAGAAGUUGAAAUUGUCACCCUUUUGUAUGUUUGAUGCGCAUUCUCAAAGAUUAACGAUGCUGCUACAGGGUGAGACUAUCAGCUCUCUCAUCAAUGGAAUUGAACACUACAUGCAUCUAAGUCAAUAUUAUGACGACUUGUUGAGAAUUUUCCAGGCGGCUCGGAUGACAUCCAGUUAUUGAAAAUCUCGGACUUAACCUGUCAUGUUUGCCAUCAAAGGAUUCUUAGGACCAGAUUCUCGGCUUUUUUGAGCUCGCGUCCUAAGUUUGAAAAGCACAGGACGAUUGCUUAAAAUGAGCCCGGGUAUUGGGUCGCUCAUCUUACCGAAUCUUAAGGCGGAUCGGUUGAACAGAGCUUUGGAGAAACCAUUCAAAGAUGCAGUCGUCACAAAUGAAAGCAGUCUUGUCAAAAAGGCAACGGCUUCAAAAGUUAGCUAUAGCAGAAACAGAAAAGGCAGCUUUAUGGAGAUAACGACUCCAUACUUCGAUGUGCCAGGAGUGACGACAGUACUGCUCAAAAUGAAAAGACGAGCCUUACUGGGAUUAUGGUUGAAAGAUCAAGCCCGUUUCCCUGCCCUUCCCUCCUACAAUACCAAGUUAUCGACUGCCGAUGUAGAAAGGUGCAUUUCCGCGCGCAAGAGAGCGACAGUAGAUUUUCGCGGGCAAGCGCGAAUCCCAGAAGCACAAUGGUAUCGGCAGUCGAUUGAAAUGUUUCAAUUUGAGCUCAGAUACGCGUGUUACAGAAGACAUUCUAGUGGGGACCUGGAUCAUGCUGGGGAGGACAACCGCUCAGCGAAUAACGAAUUCAUGGAACCUAGCAAUGCAAGCGACGGAAGUGGUACACCUAAUCAUAUGCCAAGCCUAGAGAACAGGCCGAAACUGACAAAAAAACUCGCGUGCGCCUAUCAAAAGAUCAAAUAA